AUCGCCAAUUCGUCGCCGCUGUGACGCAGAAUUUGUGUGUAAAGACUUGUAAAAUUGGUGUAAUUUCGCAUUCAAAAAACGAAUAAUUGCGGUGAAAACUGGAUAAGAAGUGGCGCUAAACCGGUGUCCACACAUUUAAUGCCUAGAGCAGCCAGUAAACAAACGCUGCCGAUGCGAGAGAUGGCGGACUUGGAUGCAGUGCACCUCGGUCUGGACGAAAACGAAGCGGACAUUGCCGAAGAACUUCAGGACUUUGAGUUCAAUACAAGGAGUGAGGCUUCCGAAUCAAAUGGCGGGGAUUCCUCGGAUUCUGAACCCAGUAUCAGCUCUGUUAGCACUGCCACAUCGUCUCUGGUAGGUAGUAGCAAACGAAAGACGAAGAAGCAAGCCAAGGAAAGUCCUCAACCGACAGUGGACACCAAAUCCUCAAAGUCCUCCUCCAAGAACAAAGGCAAAAGGGAGCCCACGCCUGAAGAGCUGAAUGGUGGCAAGAAAAAAAAGCGCACGGGCAGUGAAUCAAAAAAAACCACUUCCUCUGAGCCUGUUGACAAAGUCAAGGCCAAAUCCCCUCCUGCAGAGGAGCGUCAACCGCCUGCCAAGAAGUCGCGCAAUAAGAAGCCCUCCAGUACCAACGAUUCCAGCGGCCACAAAAGCGAUGCCAGCGAGGCCGAGGACGAAAAACCAACUCUUCCAGCUCUAGAAUCUGACAGCGAGUCCUCUGACUCUGAUUCGGGAACACAGCAUAAGAGAAACGGUGGUAAUGGAGGCGGCAAUGGUCGUGGCAAAGCCAGUUCCAAGGGCUCCACGCCCGAAAAGGAUUCUGGCGGCGGCGGAACACAGUCACAUUCGCAAAAGGGUUACGACUACAUGACCAAGCUUAACUACCUUUUCCGGGAUACGAGAUUCUUCCUUAUUAAGUCGAACAACAGCGACAACGUCCAACUGUCUAAAAAUAAAAGUGUGUGGGCCACGCUGCCGCAGAACGACGCCAAUCUUAACCAAGCCUUCAAAGAGGCCAGGAACGUGCUGCUCAUCUUUUCGGUGAACGAGAGUGGAAAAUUUGCAGGUUUUGCUCGAAUGUCCGCCCCAUCCCGGCGGGACAUUCCGCAGGUAGCCUGGGUAUUGCCACCUAGUAUUUCCCCCAAGGCGCUGGGCGGAGUCAUCGAACUUGACUGGAUCUGCCGCAAGGAGCUGUCCUUCAACGCCACCCUGCACCUGCACAACACAUGGAACGAAGGAAAGCCAGUGAAGAUUGGUCGUGACGGCCAGGAGAUCGAGCCCAAGAUCGGUGGAGAGCUGUGUCGCCUUUUCCCCGAGGAUGAGCAGAUCGAACUCACCCCAAUACUUAAGAAAUCCAAGGAGACCGCCCGAGUAAUGCGGGAAAAAGGCAUUCACGUGAUCUACAAGCCACCCAGGAGUCUCUCUUCCCGUGGCCAUGGAGGAGGUCGAGGCGGUGGCAGGGGAGCUGGUCACGACCAGCUUGGUCCGAUGCGUCACAAGAGGAGCUAUCACGGACCAUCACACCAUCGCCCGUAUCGACAUCAUCAUGGCAUGGGUAUUCCUCCUGGCGGUGGCUUCAAGAGAAGCGGCUCUCCCUACCGCCAAAUGGGAGGUGGAGCAGGAGCCCCACCCGGCGGACCAGGCGACAUGACCAUGCCGUCGUGGGAGCGUUACAUGUCUUCGGCAGCAGCUGCAGAAGCUUAUGUGGCGGACUACAUGCGCAACAUGCACGGCCAACUGCCGCCGUUGCCCUUCGUUCCUCCGUUUGCCCAGCUGCCAAUGCCAGGAGCUGGGGCGGGAGCAGCGGGCGCCCUUCCACCAGGAGCAACGGCUGCUAUGUACGAGCAGCUGCCGCCACCGGUACGGUACUACGAUGGGCCGGGUGCACCACCGUUGCCGGAUUAUCCACCUCCCCAACGACCACCACCACCGGGCUUCGAUAAAGCACCGAGCUACGAAGAGUUUGCCGCCUGGAAGAACGCUGGCCUGCCCACAGUGCCACCGCCGGGCUUUCCCGUCUACGGCGGAGCAGCGAAUGGCGGUAGCAAUGGAGCAGGUGGGGUAGCUGCAGCACAGUCGGCUGCCGGCGGAAUGGGAGGCGGUGGAGGUGGUGGAUCCGGCGGAAUGGGUGGACCCGGUGGCUAUCGGAAUCGGGACGGCAACAACGGCUCCGCGGGCGGUCGUCGACGGGAGUACGGAAAUCGCAGCGGAUCAUCGCGGGAUUCGCGACCGUUUCGCGAGCGUGGUGGUGGCGGCGGCCAACGAAGCUAUCGGGACAACAGACGCUAGGCCGGAUCGAGAUCGUGCACUUGGCCUCGCUAGAAUCGGAAAGUGUAAUCCUAAUCCUCUCGCGUGUGAAAAUUCAAAAAGAAAUAUUGAAUGCGUAACGGUAUAAGCAAAAAGUUAUUAUGAUAAAACCGCAAAACCCUAGACCCACGAAAACCGGCUAUCGUCUAAAGUCGAUACAACUCUCUUUUCCCCUUUCUCUCUGUCCCGCUCACCAAACACCCCCACCACCCACACUAUGAUUUAAACAAACUUACGACUUAAGCAAAUUUCAAAAGAGCAGAGAUCUUAAUGCUAAUUAAAUAUUUUAAAACACAAAAAAAAUACAAAAUGAAAGAGAGAAAAUGUGAACUUUAUUUAUCCAAAACCAAAAAAAAAAGAGAGAGAAAGAGACUUUUAAGAGACGCCCAACAACAACAACCACAACCAACAACACCAUGAACGAACUUAAGUUAACAUGAGAGCAGUGAUCAAACAGUGAUGUGUGUAUCGUGUGUGCCAAUCCCCUCAAAACCCCUUAUUCUCCACCCACCACCCCCUUAAGUUCCAAAAACGAGAGUUGGACAUAGCAAAAGAAAUCCGAAAAUCAAAGGGACAAUAUGUCCCACAAAGACUUUCAAAGACCUACAAGGAGCCUAGCUCCGAAUGGGGAUUAUAAGUUAUAAUCACUGCUACCUAACUUCAAAGACGAGGGUCCAGUCGUUUCGAUCCGAUUCAAGCUUCCUUAUACGUAGUAUAAAACUAAUGCAAUCAUUUUUAACACUUACAUGUCUUGCCGACAGAAGACCAUUUAUCCCAGAAACAGACACACAUCCGCCUAAAUUUUGGCCCGGAGUUUAUCGCUCCGGGUCCCUUUGGCCCCUUAGAUAUCCGAACCAUAGCAAAUCCGAACUGUUUGACCCUUAAGAUGGUCACCAAUUUCCCAACGAUUUCACUCUAUGACUGCCACAUUUUCGCGCUUUACCAGAGCUUAGACCGCCGACAAACACUCAAACACAUUCCCGGACAGACCUAGGGAGUUUGCUCUGUUUCUUUGCAGGAUAUGUAACCCAUUCGCAGGACCUUGGAUUUAAAAAGGAAAACCAUACAUGAGCAGAAGAAAAUUGAAAAUAAACACUUGGAAAGACUGAUGCCAAAUAAAGAAUAGCGAUAUUUUUAUUAAAUA